CUGAAAAAGACCAACCCAUGUGGUCUCAAUUCAAUUCAACAGUUCUGAGUUCUUCUGACAAAUCUAUUGAAACCUGAGAGAGAAAAACUCCUUAAUUGCAUUUGUACUCAGCUACCCACCCAUUCACCCAACCCAACCACGCACAAUCGAAAACGAACAAGUUUUGCUGAUCACUAGUUCCCAAAUUCAACUUCUGAGCUUCUUGUUGUUGCCAUGGAAUUCAAGUCCCUGUCUCUGCAAUUUCUUCUCCUUCUACUUCCUCUUCAUGCUCUCGCUUCCAAUGCUACACUCAAUGGGACUUGUGGUUCUUUCAAUACAGACCCUAAAGCACCAUGUCCAAUUGGCUGGGUUAUUGACCCUAAUAAUAAGACCAGGUGCUUUCUCCAUGUUGAGAGUCCUCAAUCUUGGAAUGACUCAGAGACUUGUUGUGAUAAAUAUGGUGGACAUUUAGCAUCAUUGACAUCACUUCAGGAACUACACUUUGCUCAAAGUCUGUGUGGUGAGUCUAUAAAUAGUUGCUGGAUUGGUGGAAGAAGACUCAACUCUACGGGUGGUUUUCAGUGGAUGUGGUCUGAUAAUUCUCAGUGGAAUAAGUCCAUGUUUCCUUUGGUCAAUUGUACUGGAACUGGACUAUCUUGUCAUGUAAACAGCACAUACAAUUUAUGUACAGUGGUGACUAAUAACUCAAAAUCUCUCAUUAGUGAGAGGUGUGACAAUCCUCAUGCUUCUCUAUGCAUACUGGAAAUAGAUACCAAAUGUAAACAUAUGCACUGCCACAGGGAAUACCUUAUCAUCCUUGCAGUGGUGAGUGCAUUGAUACUCUCCACAACAUUAGCAGUGGUACUUUGGCUUCUUUUAUGUAAACGGGGCAAGAAGAGACGACGGUCUAGAAAACUAUCUGAUCCAGCUUCUCUUCCAUCAUGGAAAGUCUUUACCAAAGAGGAAUUGAGGUCAAUUACUAAGAAUUUCAGUGAAGGUAACCGUCUUGUCGGGGAUACGAAGACUGGUGGUACAUACAGUGGGGUCCAACCAGAUGGCUCAAAGGUUGCAGUUAAGAGAAUAAAGAGGUCAAGCUUUCAGAGGAAAAAGGAGUUCUAUUCUGAAAUAAACAGGGUUGCAAGGCUUCGUCAUCCAAAUCUGGUGACUGUAGUGGGGUGCUGCUAUGGUCAUGGUGACCGCUACAUUGUUUACGAGUUUGUAGCCAAUGGACCCUUAGAUAAAUGGCUGCAUCACAUACCAAGAGGAGGUCGCAGCUUAGAUUGGGCUAUGAGGAUGAAAAUUGCAACAACACUUGCUCAAGGAAUUGCGUUUCUGCAUGACAAGGUUAAGCCGCAAGUUGUGCACCGAGACAUACGUGCUAGUAAUGUUCUGCUGGAUGAGGAGUUCGGAGCACACCUCAUGGGUGUCGGUCUGUCCAAGUUUGUGCCAUAUGAAGCGAUGCACGAGAGGACUGUGAUGGCAGGUGGAACCUAUGGAUAUCUGGCUCCAGAGUUUGUGUACAGAAACGAGCUCACAACGAAGAGUGAUGUUUAUAGUUUUGGUGUCCUGCUACUUGAAAUAGUGAGUGGACGUAGACCUGCACAGGCAGUUGAUUCUGUGGGAUGGCAGAGCAUAUUUGAAUGGGCCACGCCUCUGGUGCAAGCUCAUCGCUACCAUGAACUCCUCGAUCCUCAUAUAUCUUCCUCGUCUUCUAGUAUCAUCCCGGAGGCUAGUACCAUCCAGAAGGUGGUUGACCUUGUUUAUUCAUGCACGCAGCAUGUCCCUUCAAUGCGCCCUAGAAUGUCACAUGUUGUUCAUCAGCUACAACAGUUUGUCCAGCCACCUACAAAGUGAAGUUCAUGUAGAAGUCUUACCUUCAAGAUUCUGUAUCUUUACUUCAAAGUGGAGAUUAUCUUUUUGUUUCUUGACGUAGAACAGAUAUAAUAUGUACUUUAACCUGCCCUUCUCGAGGGUUGAAAUUAGCUUUGCAAAGUGGUAAGCAGGAGCUAAAUUUAUAGUAUGUUUGGAUCAACUUCUAUUUCCUAGGAAUCAAUUGUGAAAUCCAGAAGAUACUCAAAGGAUUCUCCACAGAAUUGAGUCUGGCUUUGAAAUCAAUUGUAGAAGAUUUUCCAAACAUCAAAUUAGACUAGGUAAAUACUGGAGGCAUACAUGCACUGUAAUUUGUAUAAGGUACUACUGAUAUUGAUGAAACUUUGCAAUUUCUUUUCCA